AUGCUGUCCACACGUUCUCCACUCAAAAGUAAGAACGAAAACUCCGUUUCUACUAAAAUGGACAACAUGUCGUUGGCCGACAAAGAGAACACACCUCCUAGUUUGAACUCUACAAGGAUUCUGGCUAGCAAAACGGCGCGUAAAAUCUUCGAGGAUUCCGAGGUGAGUCACCCUCAGCACCAGGUGAAGCCAAAACCCACACUAAACGAGAAUGAACCUCUUCUCCGGGAGAAUCCGCGUCGCUUCGUCAUUUUCCCAAUCCAGUAUCACGACAUCUGGCAGAUGUACAAGAAGGCCGAGGCUUCGUUCUGGACAGCAGAGGAGGUUGAUCUGUCCAAAGAUCUUCCACACUGGGAGUCACUGAAGGAUGAGGAAAGGUACUUUAUCUCCCAUGUGCUGGCUUUCUUCGCUGCCAGUGAUGGCAUUGUCAAUGAGAACUUGGUGGAGCGCUUCACACAGGAAGUGCAAGUCACAGAGGCCCGCUGUUUCUAUGGCUUCCAAAUUGCCAUGGAGAAUAUCCACUCUGAAAUGUACAGCCUGCUCAUUGACACUUACAUCAAAGACCCCAAAGAGAGAGAAUACCUCUUCAAUGCCAUUGAAACACUGCCUUGUGUGAAGAAGAAGGCUGACUGGGCUAUUAACUGGAUUGGCAACAAAAAUGCUCUAUAUGGAGAGCGUGUGGUUGCCUUUGCUGCUGUAGAGGGAAUCUUUUUCUCUGGCUCAUUCGCUGCCAUCUUCUGGCUGAAGAAGAGAGGGCUGAUGCCUGGCCUGACUUUCUCCAACGAGCUCAUCAGCAGAGACGAGGGUCUUCAUUGUGACUUUGCAUGCCUGAUGUUCAAGCAUUUGGUGAAGAAACCCUCGGAGGCGACAGUAAGGAAGAUCAUUAUGGAUGCAGUGGCAAUUGAACAGGAGUUCCUGACUCAGGCACUCCCAGUGAAGCUGAUUGGAAUGAACUGUGACCUCAUGAAGCAGUACAUUGAGUUUGUGGCCGACAGACUCAUGUUGGAGCUGGGCUUUGAAAAGAUCUACAAAGCAGACAACCCCUUUGAUUUCAUGGAGAACAUCUCACUGGAAGGGAAGACCAAUUUCUUUGAGAAACGAGUGGGCGAGUACCAGAAAAUGGGUGUCAUGUCUGGCUCCACGAACAAAACCUUCACACUGGACGCUGACUUCUAA